CUUUCUAAUCUCGCGAGAACUGAGCGGAAGUUCCAAGUCUCGCGUGUGCAGCCCUGACGUGAGCUCCGUUUCUGAAGUGGAAAUUUGAAUAAAAGUGUCGAUUUAAACCGAACAGCGGAGACCAGACCGCACCGGAACAUUCACGAAGGUCGAGGAAAAAGAUUUAAAGAAGGAAACAUGUCGGACAGCGAAGACAGCGACUUUUCAGACAACCAGAGCGAGCGCAGCAGCGACGGAGAGGCGGAGGAGGCGGAGGAGAACGAGGAGGAAGGAGGGAGCCCCGUCGGCAGUGACAAAGCCGCGGACGAGGAGGGAGAAGAUCUGCUGGACGAUGAAGACGAGUACGACGAGGAGGAGGAAGAGGAGGAUGACGACCGACCGCGAAAGAAACCCAGACACGGAGGCUUCAUCCUGGACGAAGCCGACGUGGACGACGAGUAUGAAGACGAGGACCAAUACGAUGAAGCGGCCGAGGACAUUAUGGACAAAGAAGACGCAGAAGUGUCGAACCUGGACCACAUCCCUCUGGACGACGAUCACUCCGGCUCCAGACGCCUGCAGAAUCUCUGGAGAGAUUCGCGAGAGGAGGCGCUGGGAGAAUAUUACAUGAGGAAAUACGCCAAGUCUGCAGGAGGAGAGCAUUAUUCUGGAGGUUCAGAGGAGCUCUCCGACGACAUCACCCAGCAGCAGCUUCUCCCCGGAGUCAAGGAUCCAAACCUGUGGACCGUCAAGUGCAAGAUCGGGGAGGAGCGAGCCACGGCCAUCGCCCUCAUGAGGAAGUUCAUCGCCUACCAGUUCACCGACACACCUCUGCAGAUAAAGUCGGUGGUGGCCCCGGAUCAUGUGAAGGGUUACAUCUACGUGGAGUCGUACAAACAGACCCACGUGAAGGCGGCGAUCGAGGGCAUCGGGAACCUGCGCAUGGGCCUGUGGAACCAGCAGAUGGUGCCCAUCAAAGAGAUGACGGACGUGCUCAAAGUCGUCAAAGAAGUCACCAACCUCAAGCCCAAGUCCUGGGUCCGGCUCAAGAGAGGACUGUACAAGGACGACAUCGCUCAGGUGGACUACGUGGAGCCCAGUCAGAACACCAUCUCUCUGAAGAUGAUCCCGCGAAUCGACCUCGACCGCAUCAAGGCCAAGAUGAGUCUGAAAGAUUGGUUCGCCAAAAGGAAGAAGUUUAAGCGACCGGCGCAGAGGCUGUUUGACGCCGAAAAAAUCAGGUCUCUGGGCGGGGAGGUGAGCCAUGACGGAGACUUCCUGAUCUUUGAGGGAAACAGAUACACGCGCAAAGGAUUCCUCUUCAAGAGCUUCGCCAUGUCCGCCGUGAUCACAGACGGAGUGAAGCCGACCCUCUCAGAGCUGGAGAAGUUUGAGGAUCAGCCCGAAGGCAUCGACCUGGAGGUGGUCACGGAGUCUGGUAAAGAACGUGAGCACAACCUCCAGGCAGGAGACAACGUGGAGGUGUGCGAGGGCGAGUUGAUCAACCUCCAGGGCAAAAUCCUCAGCGUGGACGGAAACAAGAUCACCAUCAUGCCCAAGCACGAGGACCUCAAGGAUCCUCUGGAGUUUCCCGCCCACGAGUUGAAGAAGUAUUUCCGGAUGGGAGACCACGUGAAGGUGAUCGCCGGACGCUACGAAGGCGACACCGGACUCAUCGUCAGAGUCGAGGAAAACUUUGUGAUUCUGUUCUCAGACCUGACCAUGCACGAGUUGAAGGUUCUUCCCAGAGACCUGCAGUUGUGCUCGGAGACGGCGUCGGGGGUGGACGCGGGGGGGCAGCACGAGUGGGGCGAGCUGGUGCAGUUGGACCCUCAGACGGUCGGGGUCAUCGUGCGCCUCGAGAGGGAAACCUUCCAGGUGCUGAACAUGCACGGGAAAGUCCUGACCGUGCGUCACCAGGCCGUGAACCGGAGGAAGGACAAUCGCUUCGCCGUGGCCCUGGACUCGGAGCAGAACAACAUCCACGUGAAGGACAUCGUCAAGGUCAUCGACGGGCCGCACUCGGGCAGAGAGGGCGAGAUCCGUCACCUCUUCAGAGGAUUCGCUUUUCUUCACUGUAAAAAACUGGUGGAAAACGGAGGAAUGUUCGUGUGUAAAACGAGACACCUGGUCCUCGCCGGCGGCUCAAAGCCGCGAGACGUCACCAACUUCACCGUGGGAGGAUUCGCUCCAAUGAGUCCACGGAUCAGCAGCCCCAUGCACCACGGAGGAGGAGGAGUGCAGCAGCGAGGAGGAGGAGGAGGAGGGGGAAUGGGACGCGGCCGAGGACGCAGAGACAACGAGCUGAUCGGUCAAACCGUGCGCAUCUCCCAAGGCCCAUACAAAGGGUACAUUGGUGUGGUGAAGGAUGCCACGGAGUCGACGGCUCGUGUGGAGCUGCACUCGACGUGUCAGACGAUCUCUGUGGACAGACAGCGCCUCACCACCAUGGGGGCGAAGCGACAGGGCGGCAUGACGUCCGCUCACAGCCGCACGCCAAUGUACGGCUCCCAGACGCCCAUGUACGGCACCGGCUCCCGCACGCCCAUGUACGGCUCGCAGACGCCGAUACACGACGGAAGUCGCACGCCGCACUACGGCUCACAGACCCCGCUGCAUGAUGGGAGCAGAACCCCGGGUCAGAGCGGAGCCUGGGACCCCAACAACCCCAACACCCCCUCCAGGAACGAUGAGGAGUAUGACUUUGGUUACGACGAUGAGCCGUCUCCGUCUCCUCAGGGAUACGGCUCCACCCCAAACCCUCAGACGCCCGGUUACCCAGAAGCCCCGUCUCCCCAGGUCAACCCGCAGUACAACCCCCAGACCCCGGGGACGCCCGCCAUGUACAACACAGAGCAGUAUUCUCCGUACGCCGCGCCCUCGCCUCAGGGCUCGUACCAGCCCAGCCCCAGUCCCCAGAGCUACCACCACCAGGUGGCGCCUUCUCCUGUGGGCUAUCAGAACACGCACUCUCCAGCGUCCUACCACCCCACGCCCUCACCCAUGGCCUACCAGGCGAGUCCGAGCCCCAGUCCGGUGGGUUACAGCCCCAUGACGCCCGGAGCGCCCUCUCCUGGAGGGUACAACCCGCACACGCCCGGCUCCAACAUCGAGCAGGGGGGCGGAGACUGGGUCACCACCGACAUCCUGGUCCGGGUCAAAGACUCUUUUAUGGACCUGAUGGGCCAGACUGGAGUCAUACGCAGCGUCACGGGGGGGAUGUGCUCCGUGUUCAUGCAGGAGUCAGAGAAGGUGGUGAGCGUCAGCAGUGACCACCUCGAGCCGGUCACUCCCACCAAAAACAACAAGGUGAAGGUGAUUCUGGGCGAGGACCGAGAGGCCACAGGGAUCCUGCUGAGCAUCGACGGAGACGACGGCAUCGUACGGAUGGAGCUGGACGACCAACUCAAGAUCCUCAACCUCAGGUUCCUGGGGCGUCUGGAGCAUUGAGCCUUUUUCUUCAUCUUCUCUUCGUUUUUGUUUUUUUUAGUUUUUCUUCAGUGAAAGUUUUUAGUCUUUUUCUCGUCUUUUGUUUUGACACAAAAACUCUGUUUCAUGUGAAUAAAGAUUCUGCAGCUCAGAUUCAUUCUGUUCAAUAAAAGGAUUUUAUUCAACUCAAA